UAAGUACUGCCAGUGGUACUCUUGGAUGGAUAGGGCAGCAUUCAUAUGCCGCGCUGGGGACAGACUACGUCUAUCUUAUCUGCUGCAAUGCUCUCGUCUCGUAUUUCUGCCCUACUCGCUACCGUUGCUAUCGUUGCGAGUGCUGCCCAAUUCCCAGUUGUCCAGCCGAAGUUGCAGGCAAGAAACGCCCCAAGUGUUGGCCUCGGUGCAGACCAAUACAAUGCGGGCCUACUCACUCCGCUGAGAAACCUCUCCGCCCUGUCGAUCGACGAGUUCAUGACAUUCUGUCAUCCCCUCUUCCCCAACUACAAUGUGCGCAUCAAGAAGUCGGACUUUUGCGACGGUACCGUUGGAGCAUACACAGGAUACAUAGACAUCCAGGCCAGACAUAUCUCCUUCUACUUCUUCGAGAGCAGGAAUGACCCCGCCAAGGACGACGUCAUAUUAUGGGCAGACGGAGGUCCGGGGUGCUCUUCUGCUCUCGGUCUCUUCAUGCAGCUCGGCCCCUGUAGAAUAACCAACCUUGACAACCUCACAUUCAACCCGUACUCAUGGAACAACAAGGCCAAUAUCUUCUUCAUAGAUCAGCCUAUUGGCGUUGGCUUCUCAUACGCGGAGUAUGGAGAGACAGUCAGCACGACCCCGGAGGCAGCCCAAGACAUCGCCGCAUUUGUUGCUAUCUUCUUCGAGCACUUCGAACAAUUCAAGGGACGUGCCUUCCACAUGGCUGGCGAGUCAUAUGGCGGCCGCUACAUCCCUGUGUUUGCCGCAGAAAUUUACGACCAGAACACCAAGCUUGUUGAGGCAGGCUUAACCCCUGUCAACCUGUCCUCCAUCAUGAUAGGCAAUGGGUGCACUGACUGGGUCUCGAUGAUACCGUCUUACUACGACAUGACUUGCACUGCUGUUUCUGUCGCCCCGAUUAUGGACAUCAGCUCAUGCGUGCGCAUGAAACAGGCAAUUCCACGCUGCCGGGAUGCGCUGCAGAAAUCUUGCAUAGAACAGUCCGAUCGCUUGAGCUGCGAUGCUGCAAAGCUCUUCUGCUCGGCCGAGAUCGACGGGCCCUUUUUCGAAACAGGCUACAACCCGUACGACAUCAGCAAACCAUGUUAUGGUUCCGUCGACGAGACCCUCUGCUACCCAUCAACAAAAGCGAUCGGUGCUUAUCUCGACCGACCGGAUGUUCGCAAGCAGAUUGGAGUGGACGCGUUCGUAGGCACGAACUUCAGCAUCUGCAACGACGAGGUGCACGCGGCAUUCGACCUGGCGAACGAUCGGAUGUUCCCAACGCAAUUCUACAUCAGCGCGCUUCUCGAGCGCGGUGUGCGUGCGCUCAUUUACGUCGGCGUGAAUGACUGGGCCUGCAACUGGGUCGGGAACAAUCGCAUGUUGUUGGAUUUGGAAUGGUCGGGUCAGGAAGCGUUCGUCAAGGAACCACUUAAAGAAUGGACGGUGAACGGCAUUGCUGCCGGACUGACGAGGAGCGCUGGACCCUUGACAUUCGCCACCAUUUAUGAUGCUGGGCAUAUGGCUCCCUACGACAAGCCUGCAGAGUUGCUCGAGCUGAUCAAGCGAUGGCUAGCCGUGGAAGAGCUGUGAAGUCCCGUAGAGAACAAGGCUUGUAGAGGUGUAUACCGCCCGUGGUUUCGACAAGCUCAAGCUCAAACUCAAACUUAGACAGCGGACUCAAUGAAGCACCGCAGACUUCAAGUCAGUAGCGUGUGCCACAAUGUCAUGAGGCGCUUUGGAAUAUCUGGUGAUUGAAGCCGGAAGACUUAUGGAUCAGGCAUCGGUGAAUUCAUCUGCUAACAGUUAUAUAGCAUGUAGCCGAAGUGCGUUUUCAUGACCACGUCCUAUAACGCCGUCUCCUCUUAGCAGCGGACACUCUCAAUCUGUGAGGUCAAGAGAAUCCGGGUCAUUGUCAUCCCUUACAUAGACUGACGGAUCACGCCUGUCUAUUUAGCUAUGCCCAUCGAGCACC